CGUGCCUCUGGAAUUCAGCCGCGGCGAUACCUAGGCUCUCAGAUUCCUCACUGGCUCUGACUGUGGCUUCGGCGCGGCGUAGGGAUAACAGUCGGGAGUAAAGACGUCGACUUGAUAUCCGUCCUUAUUAAUCCGCUUUUAGGAUCUACUGUGUGCUGCUUAUCGGGAUCCUGACUCCCCGACGAUGAGGAAGCGCGAUCUGGGAAUCCUCCUGAUAUCCGCGUUCGCGGUUUUCAUCUCUCUUCAGCAUGAGAGCAACUUCACGUUUCGCGAGGCGUGGUUCCACGUGCACCGCGACGACUACAACCAGGAGCUAGAGGCGCAUGUGUCGCCGCCGCCGGUGGUGUUCGAUCUCAACGGCGACGGCCGCAAGGAGGUCAUCCUCGCCACCAGGGACGCGCGCCUGCAGGUGAUCGAGCCGUUCACCCCGCCGUCAGGCGAGUCCUACCAUCCGGUUCGCGUGCUCAAGGAGGUCUCGCUGCAGCCCGGCCAGGUGGAGCUGAACCCAGCGGGCCACCAGGCGGUGGCAUUCGCAGUGGGCUAUCUGGACCCGCCCUCCGCCAAGCCCCCCAAGAAGCCCGGCAGCAGCAAGGCCGUGAGCGUGCCGCGGCGCAAGGCGGUGGUUGCGGUGGUGACGGCGGGGUGGGCGGUGCUGUGUUUCGACCACAACCUGAAGCUCAUGUGGGAGGGCACGGUGCAGCACCACUUCCCCCACGGGGCGAAGCACAAGGAGGUGGCCGUGCUGAUAUCGAACCACACCAUGCACCGGGGGGAUAGAGGAGUGGUGAUCGUGGGCGGAUCCAUGGAGAGUGACCCGCUGCAAUUCGAAGACCCAGUGGAGGAGGAGGAAGAGGAGGAGGAAGGGGAGGAGAAGCACCGUAAGGAGGCUGGUGACAAGGAUGACCUGGAGGACGUGUCGGAGGGGGCAGCAGGGGUGAACGAGCGCCAUUUCUCAUACUACGCGUUUGAUGGGGCCACUGGUGCCAUGCGGUGGAAGCACGACAGCAAGGACUUCCAUCGCGACAUGUCAGCGCUGAGUCAGCAGCUGCUCCCCCAGCACAACUACAAGCUCGACGCCUCCUCCCUCUCCUCUCGCCACUUCGGAGAGAUGGAGUGUCGUGAAUUCCGAGAGUCCAUCUUGAGGCACCUGCCGCACCGAUGGGACCAUCGCCACGACACAUACUUCGAGCUCGCCAGCAUCCACCGCCACCGCCGCCGCAUGCACAAGCGCCUCCCCGGAAAUGGCAAGCACGGGGCGCCGCACCACGCCUCGCACCCCCACGGCACACCCCCCCGGCUGCUGGCUGGAAGAGAUCACGAGAGGAAUGUGUUUGCGCGGGUGGUGGGGAAGGCUGUUGACGCCGCUGGCUCGACUAAGAAAUCAAAGCAUGCGGUGCACCAUACUCAUGGCAACGCGUCGGCACAUCACUGGUGGGCGCACAACGCCAUCAUCGCGCACCUGGAGGAGGGUAUCGAGGUGAUCCACCUGUACUCCGGCCGCACCAUCUGCAAGCUGCUGCUGCCCGACCACGGGCUGCACGCCGACGUCAAUGGGGACGGGGUUCUCGAUCAUGUGCAGGCGUCGGGGGCGCUGGGCGACGAGCUGUUCACGUUUGGUGGCGAGGAGGAGGCGUCGGAGGUGGUGAAGUCAUGCUGGACCGUCGCCAUGUCCGGCAUUCCCCCCACUCAGCCGCUCUUCAACGGCUCUGUCUGCCGCCCCCAGGCGUCCCUCUUCAACCUCGCCUCGGAGUUCCAGGACCAGUGGAACGAGCACGCCACAGGGCAGCAGCGGGUGGCAGUGGUGGCGCCCAUCCUGCUGCCGCGCAGGGACAGGCAUCACCGCCACCAGCGGCGGCACGGUGAUGUCAUCUACUUCAACAGCAGAGGCGAGAUCACCUCCUACGCCACGGAGUCCCUCAGCAGCAAGGGCCCGCACGGCCACCUCAGGUGGCAGAUCAGCACGGAAGCCAAGUGGACGCCCUCCGACCCGGCCUCCUCCUUCGACUCCGCCUCCCCCCACACCAACGUGCCGUCUCUCCGCGCCAUGGCGCUCAAAGCAGGCGGCCGGCCGGAGGUGGUGCUGGCAGUGGGGGACAGCGAGGCCGUGUUCGUGUCGCCGGGGGGGAAGAUCCUGGGGACCCUGGCGCUGCCCACGACGCCCACGGAGCCGAUUAUAGUGGCGGACUUCAACGGGGACCGCCUGAACGAUAUUAUUGUCGUCACGGCCAUUGGCCCGUAUGGGUUCGUCCAGGUGCGGCAACCAGGAGCCGUGCUGCUGUCCUCGCUGCUGGGCUGCCUCGUUAUAGUGAUGAGUGUCAUCUUCGUCUCUCUGCAUCUCGACAACCCUCGCGGAAAACCCCGUGGUCGAAGCACCGACUAGAGGCAUGUAGUCCAGUAGGGGUUAUCCAAGAAGAUGACACUAUGAUACACUGCGGUGCAUGGGAGGGUGACGUGUGGGUGGUGUAUUGUACUUCUGGAAAGUUUAUUAGACGCAUUUUCUAGGCUAAAUGUGUACAUCAAAUCAACAACCAUAAAGUGGUUACCAAGUU